GGUCUAUCGGCGGCGCGGGGGGUUGUGGGAGCGAGGGCGGUGUUAACCUUGAGCAGAGAGAAUUCGAGAAUCCGGAGGAGGAGGAGGAGCAGUUACUUGAGGCCUUGUCACCCAAAGAAUGGGAGUAUCCACGUCAGCGCUGCCUAACAAUGCGCAAACAGCUUCAGCUACUGUUACGCCACAAGCAACAUUACCUUCAGAAUGUCCUAUGCAUCAAGCCAAGAAGGAAGGUUGUCCAAUUCAUCAGGCAGCUGCAACAACUACCUCAAUAGAGAAUGCAUCUUAUCCUGUGCCUGCACAUCAGGAGAGGGCGUAUGAAUACUUGGAGUGUCCCAUGAAAACAGCUAACAAACCGCAAACAGAAGACGAUAUUGAUCCCAGUAAUAUGAUGCCACCACCUAAUCAGAAGCCAUCACCAGAUCAGCCAUUUCCACUUUCUGUAGCCAGAGAGGAAUCUUCCAUUCCUAGGACUUAUUCAGACAAGCAUUGGGUAUAUCCUUCUGAGCAGAUGUUUUGGAAUGCAAUGGUCAAGAAAGGGUGGCGCUGGCGGAAUGAAGAUAUUACAGCUAAUGAUAUGUCAAACAUUAUUAAGAUCCAUAAUCAGAACAAUGAACAGGCCUGGAAUGAAAUACUCAAGUGGGAAGCACUCCAUGCUAAGGAAUGCCCCUGUGGGCCUACAUUACUCCGCUUUGGGGGAAAAGCUAAGGAAUAUUCACCAAGAGCUCGGAUUCGUUCUUUAAUUGGGUAUGAACUGCCCUUUGAUCGACAUGACUGGAUUGUGAACCGUUGUGGAAGAGAAGUACGAUAUGUGAUUGAUUACUAUGAUGGAGGCGAGAUUGACAAGUCAACGUACCAGUUCACUGCUCUAGAUGUACGUCCUGCUCUGGAUUCCUUUUCUGCAGUGUGGGACAGAAUGAAAGUGGCAUGGUGGCGCUGGACUUCAUAAACUCUAUUUGGAUUGUAGCAUUUAUUGCACAUGAGCCUGUGGAUGUCAUCUUUUAAAUGUUUUAAACUUAAAACUGAAUUAUCUGUAAAGAACAACUGGACAAGCUGCAACCUGCACCUGCCAUUGACCAGAUACCACACCCUUAAAAGUUCUCAACUAUUUAAAACAAUUCUGAUCAUUUUCUGUGCAUACGAUUUGUCAUAUUUCCAGGCUUGAUGUAUGGCUUGUACUGUAUGUUGUGUUGUAUUCAAUACAUUUAGUUCUUGUAAUUGCUUAUGGAAAUAAUCAAUCAAAAUUCAUUUAUUUUGAAGAUAUUGAAGACAUAGUCCAGGGGAAUUACUUUUGUGAGGCCUUACUCUUGAUGCUUCAAUGUAUUAAUUUCAUAAAGUAUUAAACUCGACUAUAUUUGUUUCAGAGUUUGAACAGCUUGAUGGUAUACUGGGAUAAUUGCAACCUUUAGACUUUUCCUGUGCUUUCAAUGCAGUAGUGCUUGAAAUUAUGGUGCAAUGCUAUAUGAGUCCUGUACUUUCUCUUGACUUUAGGACUGAGCAGCAUCACUUUCAAAUGAAGAUGGGAAUAGAUUAAUUAUAGUAAUUUUCCUGAUGUAUCAGAGAGCUGAACGAGUUCUGAAAAAUAAAGAUACAACAGUAAAAUUUUACAUACCUUAGUUUCUCUGUUAGAAUGGGAAGUAAAAACUACUUUUGCUGGUCUUCCUUGAUGUAUUGUGCUUUUUUUUUGGCAUUCAGUAUUUUCUUAAUGACAGGCAACAGACUUGAUACUAUAAAAUAGAUUUUCCCAUUACUUGCUUAACUACAGAGGAUAUUGAAGAGGUUUCAGAAUGUGAGGGUUACUAGUCUGAAGUAGCAUAGUCACAACCAUAAGGUGACAACCAAAAUUCUAAUUUGUGUAUUCCAUAACCAAUAGUCUAUGUUAGCAAAUCGGUCAAGGUCACAAUUAUGCUGAAGUUUUGACUUUUUUGUUUAUUAUUGCCCAAAUUUAUUUGCUGGGAAGAUUCAUGCCUUAGGAACGCUGGCAUACCCUCAUUAUGAAUUUCUGUAAUAAAUAAACUUGCACAGCUGAAAUAAAACCAUUCUUUUCUGAA